UAUCGCCAUCGAGAGCUUUGUUUAUUAUUUGCAGACAAAAGUUGGAACGUAAACAACGCCCUGAGCAAAACAUGAGUACGGAAAACGAGACUAUUUUGCAAUUCGCUCCGUGGGAAUCCUUCGUGUCGCCCACUUUCUGGCACAAGCUAGCGGAGCUUAAGCUGGACUACGAUCGCCUGUCCGACUCGAAACGCUCCAUUACUGGCCACUAUACGAACCGCAAUGCAAGUGGGUGUCUCCUGGAAGUGGACUACACGGCCUACAACAGAACGGCCCAGCCACCAAAAUUCAGCCAUGCCGCUAUCGGCACCAUCUACAAUAAAAACACAAUCGAAGAGUUCAAAGCCCUGGACAAAUUACAACUGCUGGUUGAUGAGGGCAAAGCCCUGCUGGCUGAUAUGUGCAGUGGUGCAGCCUUGAGGGAUCCCAGUCUGUUGACCCGCUUCUUUGUGCUCUCCUUUGCCGACUUAAAGUGUCACAGCUACUUCUAUUGGUUCGCCUUUCCGUGCCCGCUAACGCCCACCUUAAAGCUUCAGGGCGCCGUCCAAAAACUGCGGGACUUAGCCAAUAGUAGUAGCUAUAUAAGCGCCCUGAAGUCCCUUCCCACUGAGUCACAGAACUUUUUCAUCCUGUAUGCUAACGUGGAGAGCAAUGUCUUUGAAGCCCGUAAUUUGAGUUCCCUCGACGAAAAGGAUAUCGAGCUUUGUUAUUUUGGGUUUGCCGAUCCCAGCGAAUAUGAGCAUCCAGCUUGGAUAAUGCGGAACUACGCUGCAUUUCUGAUUCAGCAAUGUCCCUCUUUAGUUGGAAAACCAAUAAAGUUUCUUGGCCUGCGACACAAUCAACAAAUGAGCAUAGACGACAGCCUUGUAUGGCAGGUGAUUCAAACUGAAGCUUGCGAUCUUAGCCAAAGCGGAGAUAUAAAGUUCGUGGGUUGGGAGCUAAAUAAAAAUGGCAAAAUGGGCCCAAGAAUGGUCAGCAUGAGGGACAGCAUGGAUCCAGCCAAGCUCGCUGAAAACUCUGUAAACCUCAACCUGAAAUUAAUGAAGUGGCGUCUAGUUCCCGAUCUUAAUCUCGAAAUCAUCACCGAAACAAAAUGCCUACUCUUUGGGGCUGGUACCUUAGGAUGCGCUGUAGCUAGAAAUCUGCUGUCUUGGGGAUUUAAGCACAUAACCCUUCUGGACAGCGGCAAGGUUGGGUUCUCCAAUCCAGUGCGUCAGAAUCUCUACAUGCAUGCAGAUGCUGUGGCGGGCAAUCGGAUGAAGGCCACUACAGCUGCCCAGAGAUUGAAGGAGAUCAAUCCGUCUGCUGAAACGGCGGGUUAUGUGUUGGAGAUACCCAUGCCUGGGCAUACUGUUGGAGAAUCGCUUCUAGCCCAGACGAAGGAGCAUUUGAAGGUUAUCGAGCAGCUUGUUCAGGACCAUGAUGUCAUUUUUUUACUCACGGAUUCGCGCGAAAGCCGCUGGUUGCCCACCCUGCUCGGAGCGGCAAAGGAAAAAAUUGUCAUCAAUGCAGCCUUAGGCUUUGAUAGUUAUCUGGUAAUGCGACAUGGCACUACGCGAACGGAGGCAGGCGAUGUUGGCCAAGAAAUCGAGGGACUCAAGUGCAUAAAUGGUGAUCAAUUGGGUUGCUACUUUUGUAACGAUGUGACGGCCCCCGGAAAUUCGCUCAAAGACCGCACGUUGGAUCAACAGUGCACCGUGACACGACCCGGGGUAUCCAACAUUGCGGCUAGCUACGCGGUGGAAUUGUUGGUGGCUUUGCUGCAGCAUCCUCGAAAGGAGCUGGCACCGGCCUACUACGCACAGAGUGGGCGUGGCAAGUCGGAGGAGGCGGCAGGAAAGGUGCCGGAAGGUCUGCUGGGAAUUUUGCCUCACUCCAUUCGAGGAAUGCUGUGCAACUACGAGAACAUUCUGCCCGCUACUCAAAAGUUUGCUCAGUGCAUAGCCUGUUCAGCGGCCGUUCUGGAUCAAUAUAAAAAAGAGGGUCAUGCUUUCCUGUUAAAAACUUUUGAAACAGCCAAGUAUCUGGAGGAUUUGACUGGUAUUUCCGAAUUCAAGAGGCUAAACAGCGAGAUUAUCGAUUUUGAUGAUGAAGAAUUCGACAUGUCCGAUGAUGACGAGAAUUAGGCUGCAUCUAAUAAAAUUGCUCCGAUUUUGCCUUCAAAGCAGUAUAUUAAAUAUGAAAUCCAGCUUAUUGUGGCUUUAUUUUUCUGCAGCAUUUAGAGUUCAAUUUUUAUACCAAAAAUGUGUGUACUUCAAUGAUUUUAUUUUAUCUAGUCAUUAAGAAUAUUGUGAAUCAUUCAAACGAAAUUGAUGUGAAAAUUAGACAUAAGAAAAGUGUAAAUUUACUAUUGGAAAUGGUUAUAAUAAAAGUGCUUAAGUAUGGGAA